AUGCUUGCGAAUCACUGGAGACCUGUGCUUCUGAGAAUGCCUCUGCGGGCCCUGCACACGCGAUUUGGGCCCCUGGCACAGGAAGCUGUGACCGGUGCAGCCGUCGCUGCAGCUCCAGCGCAGCCGAAGUUGACCAAAGAGCAACUGCGUCGACGGGAGUUGCGCAAGAUGAUCCGCAGCAAAAUGCUCGCCAAGCGUCCCGCGUCCCAGGAUAAGGUGUACCUGAGUGUGCCCGAGGCGAUGCGUAUCCUACGAGCCGUGGAGGUUGGGCAACCUACGUCUCAACAGACCAUCACUUUAACGACGAUGGUCGUCAGCGAGAAGGGUGUCCCUCCGUUGCACGGGGACGUUGUGUUGCCGACGCCGCUGAAGCCCGUGCGUAUUGCUGCCUUUAGCGCGGACCCGGAGUUGUUGAAGCGGCUGCAAGAGGAGGUGGAACUGGAGAUCGUCGGCGGUGCUGAGCUAAUCGAUCAAUUGAAAUCCGGCGAAGUCCCCGUGCAGUUCGACAAGGCGUUUGCAACCCCUGACAUUGCUCCACAGCUUAAUAGCAAACUGGGCGCUCUACUGGGUCGCCGUGGGCUGCUACCAAACAUCAAGAAGGGCACCGUCGGGCCGGACUUGCUAGCAAUGAUCCGCUCGAAAGUCGGGGCGAUGCCCUUCCGGCAGAGGGCUGCAAACUUGGCAUUCGGUAUCGCCAAGUGCCAUUUCUCGGACAGACAGGUCCUGGGCAACCUCAUCGCCGCCAGAGAAGCCUUCCAGCUCGCAAUCCAGAACCAGAAGUCGAAGAAACGGUCCAUCCUGGGCAGAUCCACGCUUUCCAGUACCCACGGGCCCGGGAUUGUAAUCGAUCUCGCAUGA